UAUAUUUUUCAUUUCGUUCUUGUACGAAUGAGAAUCAAACGGGCAGAAUUACAAACAAGAAUCCUUUGGCAAAUCAAUCAAAAUAACAUACCCAAAACACGGAAACUACCGAAACAAAUCAAAAUGUCAUCCACCACCUCCGAAAAACCUGCAGCUCCCGCCACCCAAAACCCUAGAAAAUGGCGUUUCACAUGGGAAGCCCAAUCUCACUCCUCCACACUCCGUUUACUCCUCUUCAAUUCAACCGCAUCUUGCUCCUCCUCUCAAUUUACAAACCUCAAAGUCAAUUUACUUGCCCAGCAAUCUUUACUGAUUGUGAGCUUUUUCGAAACCGAAGCUCGUAUUGAGGAAUCCCUUCGGGUUCCGAUUCCUCGUGUUUUGAUUGACGCUGAAUCUCCGGUUCAUUUCAAAGCAUUUGAUGAUCACAUUGAGGUUAAAGUCGUCUUGCUACUUCCCCCGGACCAUCCUCUAGUUUCAGAGUUUGAUUCGAUGCUGGACUCGUUAAACAAUGGGGUUGGUUUGGAUGAGCUUAGUCCGCUUUCCAUGGAUUCUGAUAUCAAGAAGUUAUCUGCUAUGCAAGUGGUGCACUUUUACUGUAGAAACUGCACAACUAAGUUGACAAAGGAUCUCAGAAAAUUUGAGGAAAUGCCAUCAGUCAACUGGCGGGAAGUCUCUGACAAUUGGUUUGGAGCUUGUUGUUGUUCUUUUGGAGGUGUAAGUGAGAAGCUGGUCACGAGAUAUGCAAAGUCCUAUAUGUGUGCUCCUGGUGUGGUCCUUUUGAGUGCUACAUCCGUACUUCUGUGCAAGGAUGACCUUUUGGGAUGUGAAUUCCCUGAUGUGAAAGUCAGGCAAGAUUAUGAUAGUGAGCUAAAUUCUACUAGUGAUGGUUGUUUGAGUAUAAGUGCACUAGAAGAUGAAGGUAGAGGACAAACAGUUUUCUUUGAGAAUCAUAAAAAAGGGACAAAUGGCAUUCAUGGAAUUGUAAACAGUCUGUGUGCUGGAGAAAAUAAUCUUGCAUCCAACCUAAAAGGUGAAGGACUAAAACCAGGAGGUGCUGAUGAUUGUUUAUCAUGCACAUUUCAUGCAUUGCAUACUGAAACAAAUAAAGCAUCAGUAAAUAAAAUGUGUACUGACUCAGAAAUCCACGUAGGGAACUGUGAUACUCAAUGUUGCUCUCUAGAUAGGUCAGAAACCUCUUCAAAGGAGCAAACAGUGGGUACAAAUGUUGAACUUCUUGAAAUUCAGAAAGUAUUUCUUAAUGGCCAUCUGGGGAGUGGUUUCAUGGAAAGAUCUUCCAGUCUCUCUCAAGACAUUCAGUGGAUUGAAUUCUCUUGUCCUCAGUGCUCUUGUUUGAUUGGAGCAUAUCCUUGCUUCAAAGAUAAUGUACCAUUAGAUGGUGGAAUUCGCUUGUUCAAGUGUUAUAUUUCAACCUGCUUACCUGUUGGUGGAUCAAAUGAUAAGUUCAGGAACUACACCCUCGAAAGGAUGUUUACAAGCCAGUUGCUGGAAAGUGCAAAAGAUGAAUUAUCAUUUCGGACAAUUGUUAGGAAUUUACAAUUUAAAUCUGCAGUAUUGCAAAUUGUUCUCUUGAAUCCAAAUUCUUGGUGCUGCACAGGAUAUUGUUUGCUCCCAUUGGAAUCGGCUAGCAAAAUUGUUCUGCACCCAAUGGUGAAAGUGCUAUUUACUGCUUCUAGUCAUGGUGAUGAGUUUGACACAGGGAUGCUGGAAGAAUGGAUACGAAAGAAUCAAGCAGACGAAGUUUACAUGUUUCCAUCGCAAAUAAAAGAGUUAAUUACAAAUUUGGAUCUGGCCAACAGUCUAUCUCCACCAUCAUAUAAAUUACUACAGGGUUUGUUCUUGUCAUCCUUGAGGAGAUGAACGGUAAUGUUCUUGUGAGCUAUAACACCCCGUUCAUCGAUUAGCCAUUAUUCUUGAAUUUAGGACUUAAUUAUAAGAUUAAUUUGUUUGGGAUCAAGUUAUUCAACUAUCCAUACCUUAAAGAAUCUUUAUGCAAAUUUUGAAAAUUUCAAUUUUUCCAGCCCAUGAACAAUACUGAUCAAGGAUUUGGUUGAAGAAAAAUAUUUUAUAAGAUUUUUUCUCUUCUA